AUGCGGGUCUUAUUUUGGAACAUUAAUGGAGUUGCCCGUGAUGCAGCUCAAGAUAAACUUAAGGAGUUAAUAAGAGAGUUUAAACCAGAACGUUUUUGCCUGGCUGAACCUAAGGUGCACUGCUCAGUAGCGUUUGGUAAUAUACUUCAAAGGGAAGGUUUUUCUCCUCAUGUUAUUCAUAAUGCUUCUUCUUCUAGUAUUGCUAAUGUUUGGGUUUGUUAUUCGAAUACUAUAAGUCCUUCAAUAGUUAAUGUCAAUAAGCAGGCCAUUACUCUUGAGGUUGACCGGGUUCAUGUUUCUUUUGUUCAUGCUAGCUAUAUUCAAGUUACCAGGAGAAGACUUUGGCAACAACUUAGUAUUCAUGAUGACUCUACUUUUUGUUUAGUCAUCGGUGAUUUCAAUUGUAUCCUUCGUCUUGAUGAUAAAAGGGGUGGUCUUGAGCCAAGAACUUCUGCUAUUAAUGAGUUUUCAGAUUGGUUGGAUGACAACAGUCUUUUUGAAGCUGAUGCUUUGGGUACUAAAUUCACUUGGACAAAUAGACAAUCGGGUACUGAUAGGAUUAUUAGUAAACUUGAUCGUGAUGUUAUUAAUGCAGCAUGGCUUGCAAAGUUUGAGAAUUGGCGGUCUCUUCCAAAAAGAGCUUCUAUUCGCAUUCAAAAAAUGUGGUUCUUGCAUACUGAUUUUCUUCGUAUGUUUAGUGAAAGUUGGAAUAUGCCAUUUCAUGGCUCUCUUGACUUCAUAUUUACUUAUAAACUCAAGAGUCUAAAGGGGGUGAUCAAGGAAUGGAAUCUUGCGAUUUUUGGUAAUUUUCAUUCUCGGUUGAAGCAAGAUCAACUGAGGUUUGAAUCUGCGGCUCUUUGCUCGGAUGAGGAUCCUAAUGAUGCUACCAAACUUAAUCUUAUGAAGGAUGUUAUGUCUAGGAUUAGUGAGACUCGGAUUCAACAUAACACUAUGCUUAAACAAAAAUCAAGGAAUCAAUGGCUUGUGGAGGGUUCAAGCAAUACUACUUUCUUCCAUAAUAGUAUUCGCAUUCGUAGGACUUCUAAUACUAUUUCUGAAUUAGUAGAUAGUAAUGGCCAUACUAUCUCUGAUUAUGAUCAGUUGCGUGACCAUGUGGUGCAGUUCUAUGAAGAAGAAUUUAAUGGCCAUGAGUCUAAAUAUGAUGCCAGUUUAUUUGAUUAUGAACAUGUUGGUAUCUCAGAGGAAGAAAGUUUUUCCAUGGACAGAAUUCCUACUCCUGACGAGAUUAAACAAGCAGUUUUUGAUCUUGUAGCUGAUAGUGCUCCAGGGCCGGAUGGUUUUUCUGGUUGUUUCUAUCGUCAUUGCUGGGAUAUUAUUCAAGAUGAUUUGAUUAAGUCUAUUAUUUUUUAUUGGAAUAUUGAUCAUAGUACAAAUAGGGUGAAUUCAAGUCUUAUCAUUUUGCUUCCAAAGAUCCUUACUACUAGACUUGGUAGUGUUUUGGAUAAUCUUGUUUCUGAGGAAAAGGUAGCCUUCAUGAAGGGUCGAAAUAUCCAUGAAAACAUUAGUUUGGCUUAUGAAAUGGUUAAUGAACUUUACAUCAAGCGUAAGGAUGGCAACAUUGGCCUUAAGCUUGAUAUUUCCCAGGCUUUUGACACGGGAAACCUUAAGAGCCUCAACAAUCUAGUGGAUUUGUUGGCCACUUUUCCUGAUCGUUACUUGGGAAUUCAAAUUAUCCAGGGCAGUGUUCGUUAUCAUCACAUUUCGGGUGUAGUGGAGAUGAUCAAUUCGCAACUUGCUGGUUGGAAAGGUUUUUUGUUAUCUUUCCAUGAUCGUUUGGUGUUUGUCAAGUCCGUUAUUGCUAGCUAUUCUAUUCAUAAUAUGGCUAUUUAUAAAUGGCCACGUAAAUUCAUUUUACAGUGUGAAAGAGCAAUUAGGAAUUUUAUUUGGUCGGGGGAUUCUAAUGUUAGUCGUGCUGUGGUUGUAGCUUAUGAUAAAGUGAAUGGUUUGAAGUCUUCUAUUCUUCCGGUUAUUAUAAGAGUGUACAAGAUUGUGGAAUCUAACACUAAAGUUUUGCUGGGUGAUGGUAGAGAUACUUCUCUCUAUUAUGACGCUUGGUUUUCAAAUAUGAGUAUUGCUGCAAUCCUUAAUGACUAUACCCUGGAUAGAAAUGUGCUGGUUAGUACUAUUUUGGUUGAUGGGCAUUGGAAUAUUCAUGUGGAACAUUUAGACCGAAUGACAGCUGCUGGACUAGAGGUUAACCUUUUGCCUACUCCCAUGGUUGGUGAAGAUUUACGAAUCUGGAUGCUAGAUUACAAGGGUGCUUUCACUGUUAGUUCAGCGAAGGAGCUAAUACGUCAGAAGUAUCCCAAGUUUGAAGGCGCAUCUAUUUUUUGGAGGAAGGAAAUACACCCUACUUUAGCUACCCAAAAUUGGAAAUUCUUGCGUAAUGCUUGUGCAACGUUGAAGAAACGAGCAAGUUUUUUAAGCGUCAACUCUUGCAUUAUAGUCACUACUGUUAGUGAAAUUAUAAACAGAUGGGGAGGGUUCACCAUCACUUUAGAGGAUGUAGUAGUCUUGUUGAAUCUUCCUUUUACAAGUAAUCUUCUUAGAGAGCUAUCAGCAGAAGAAAUUGUGAUAGAUGUGCUUCAAGCCAGUGGACAUUUUUUGAAGUCGUUUGAGAUUCCUUUUGCUAUUAAUAUGGGUAAAGAUGAGAAACUUCCCGUUGGUAAUCUGUUUUUGGGUUCGUUAUUCCCAAUUUAG